AUGUCCGCUCAACGUCUCGACGCUCUUCCCUACGAUGUCAAGGACAUUAUUCUUUCGCUAGUCGAUUCUACAAAAGACCUCUUACACCUCGGAGUGUCCAACAAAGAGUGGAAGGCGCUCGUCAUCCCUCACCACAUCGAAUAUCGAGUUCUUCGUCUCAAAUGCCACCACUCGCACCCAGAGGUCUGGAACCACCUCGCACAAAAUCGACACCUUGCUUCACGCAUUCGAGUAGUGGAGCUCGAGCCCGACCAUGUUCACGCCGACAACGCCGAUGCCCAUAGUACCCAUUCGGCUUCCAAAAGUCCACUUUGCCUGUAUCCAAAAUCGCUCUUAGGCGAACCGCUGGUCCCAAGAUCCGGAAGAGCGGAUGCGAAGCAGGACAUUCUGCAUGCCUUCUGGAACAUGACUGCGCUUACGAGCUUCAGUUGGACGACCGCUUGCUGCUCUGGAGCAGGCACCUUCUCUUCCCCUUUAAACGCGGACCCCACAGUGAUCAAGGAGAUCCUGAACUGCCUAAAAGGCUUGCAAUCCCUUCGCAAGCUCUCGGUUUGUGAUUCUGGGGGAAAGGUCUUGGCCUGUGAAGAUGCCCGAGAAGAGCAUGAGGCUGGUCACUGGCUACGGGGUUUCCAUAACAUCGAAGAGCUGUCAGCAUCGACGAGGGACCCCUCAUUGGGUGUAGGGAUCAAGUCGCAGGAGCCAAUGUGCAAUUUGCGGGUGAGCUCGUCCAUCUGCUCGAAACCCCAUUAA